AUGGAAAGGUUGGAGACUCUUGGAAAUAAUAACAACAUCCCUGAUCCUGAGUCAUUGGCAAAUGAGUUCAACAAAACAAUGAAGGUGAACAUUAAGUACCAUACAGCCUGGAGAGCAAGAAAUAUUGUGUUGCUGAAUCUUUAUGGCAGCUAUGAGGAGCAGUACAAGAAAAUUCCUGCAUUAUGUGAAAUGGUGAAGGUAACAUUGAAAAAAAUGUAUGCAUGUGUGGCUAGUUUCUCAUAUGGAAGCACAGACAAUACAUUCUUGUCAAUGACACUCUGCUUCAAGCCUUCAUUGGAUGGAUGUAGGAAAAUCAUUGGAUUGGAUGCUUGUCAUUUGUAUGAGAAGUAUGGUGGUGUGUUAAUGGUUGCAACAGGUCUAGAUGUUCAGAAUGGUUUAGUUUCUCUUGGUAUAAUGGUGUGUAGGAAUGAAACCAUUGAGAACUGGAAGAUAUUUCUCAAAGACUUGAAAGCUAUACUGGGUGAAGACUUGCAUUUCACCAUUAUGUCAGACAAGCAGAAGGGGAUUAGUGAAGCUUGUGACAAAUACUUCUGCUUGGAUGAGCACAGAGUAUGUUUCAGACAUUUGAUGAAGAAUUUCAAGAAGUAUUUCAAGUCAUUCAGCUUACACACUCAUUUUUGGAAUGCUGCCAAAUGUUACAAGAAGAGACACUAUCAGCAACACAUGGAUAAGUUGUUUGCUGAGGAUGAAAAAGCUGCAAUGUAUCUCCUAGAUCAAAAACCUGAAUGUUGGUCUAGGUGUCAUUUCUCAAAUGAUAGCAAGUGUGAGCACAUUAACAAUAAUUUCUCAGAAUCUUUCAACAACAUGGCCAAGCCCUUCAGGGAUAAGCCUAUCAUUACACUUGGACAAAUCUACUGUGACCCUGUGUACAGUGUGGAAUAUUACAAAAAUACAUAUGCUCCAGAGUUUGAACCACUGUCAGAUGAAAUUGACUGGAAUAUACUGGUAGAGUUCAUUAAUCCUCAUGUUAUCAUAAUCAAAACUAGAAGGCCAAGGAAGAAGAGGAUUCCUUCUUAUGAUGAAGCUGGAAGUGUGAAGAAAAUGAGAAAGUGUAAGAAGUGUGGAAUUUAUGGUCACUAUGCAGUAACUUGUGGUGGUGCAGAGGUUGGAAAGAAUCCAAAGGGAAACAAGCCUAGAACCUGUGUUGAUGGCUCAACAUCAACACCUUAUGUCCCUGAACCAUCAAAAAGAAAGUACAAAAGAAAGAAACCAGUUGCUAGUGCUUCUGCAGGUGCAUCUACUACUGCUAAGGAUGGAAUGAAGAACAACAACAGUUCCAAAACAUGUGUUGGUGAAUCUUCUAAACAAGGUGCUGCAAAAUCAGGCCAAGGGAGUAAGAGAAAAGCUUCUUCUCAACCUGCUUUCAAUCAGACUAACAAACAUGUUGGAUCUGUCAACAACAAAGUCACCUUCACAGUUGCAGAUCCAAAGGGAAAGAAGAAACCAAAGAAUUACAUGAAAAUAUGA